AUUCAUGCAUAUAUAUGUCUCUCUCACAUCUUGCAAUGCGUCAAAUACAUGCAAAUGCAUUGCUCAUUACUUUCUUUAUCUUUCGUGUCUUUCUCUUAUCUUUCCAUCUGUUCUUUUUCCUUCACCUCCUUUUUCUUUCUUCUCACCAUAAAACCACACACUAUCCCAUACACAACAACAGAAACAAACAACAUAUGCUAGAAAUGAAGAAGAGUUUCUCUGAAUUCUACGAGAAAUGGAUUUCAAAGCUAGAGGAAAUUCACCACCAGCUUCUCAAAGCAUCAAAAAGAGAGAUGGUGAUGAAUGAACAAGAGCUUCAAGCACUGGUUUCAAAAGUCACUACUCAUUUGAAAGAAUACUACACUGUGAAAUGGAAUGCAGCACAUGAAGAUGUUGUUGUUUUCUUUUCACCAACAUGGGUUACUCCAUUGGAAAACGCUUCCCUCUGGAUAACCGGGUGGAAACCGUCUACAGUCUUUCGCGUCCUCGAGAAGUUUGACAUGUCAGAUGAAGAGAAGAAGAAGAUAGAGGGACUGAAAAUGAAGACAAAGAUGGAGGAAGAAAAGGUGGAGGGAGAGAUGGAGAGGCAGCAAGUGGCUAUGGCUGAUUUGAAGAUGGUGAAGCUGGCGAAAAUAUCAUGCAGAGGUAGGAAAGAUGAUGCAAGAGUUGAUGGGUUGGUUGAUGUGGCUUUGAAUGGAGUCUUUGGUGGUUUGGAGAAAGUAAUGAAAAGCUCUGAUUGUGUUAGACUUAAGACAGUUAAAGGGGUUUUGGAUGUUCUUAGUCCAAUUCAGUCUGUUCAUUUUUUGGCAGCACAUAUUGGUAUGCAAUUAAGGUUGAGGCAACUUGGGAUGAACAAGAUCACUCAGAAGGAUCCAUAGUUUUAGUUUUGUGUAGUAUAUGUUUAAUUUAAUAGGCUUAAGUAGCUUAUUAAUUAAGUUGUUUAGUACCUUCAUUAAGUAGAACCCAAAAAUGAAAAAACAGUUUAGUUUAUGUCUUUAUGAGGUUGUAAUAUUCUUGUUCUGUUGGCUUUAAAAGUUGUUCAAUUAAUGUAAGAUUUUUAGUAUGCAUUAAGCAUUCAAAGAAAUAGUAUACUACUUAAGAAAAUGUUAAUGUAAAUUUCCUCACCACAGGAAAAUUUAACUGAUGAGACAGCAAAAGGAAAAAGUCAAUAAAAAUCUGUAAAGUAUUG